AUGCGGCACAAGGUGUUUUGGACUGCUCUGGAGUAUACUUGCCGAUUGCUGGGCAUCUCCACCGCAGCAGUACUGAUCGGUGUGGGCGUAGAAACUCUGCAGCGAGGACAGUUCAAAAGCCUGGCUUUCUAUCUGCUUUUUUCAGGGGCUGCAGUUACUGUCUGCGAAGGCUUCUUCUUUAUCGCUUUGUUCCUGGGGAUGUGCUUCACAUAUGAGCCAGGCUCCCUGGCACACACCUGCUGCAAGCAAGCUAGACGCCCAGGAAGCUUCCAGAAAUUCAUGGGGUACAUGCUGCUCUCGGUGGCUUGCUUCCUGCAUCCCGUCCUUGUCUGGCACGUCACCAUCCCUGGUUCCAUGCUGGUGCUCACCGCCCUGGCGUACUUCCUGCUGAGCAAGAUGAGGAAGAGCCCGGGGCAUAAAGAGAUACAACCCCAAGUGGGCCAAUACAUGGACCCUUCAGGCACCAUGGCAGCCCCAACCAGCGCCGGUGACACUGAGCAGACCUACACCUUCCACGGGGCCCAAAGGGAGCAGCACCGCUCACUGCUCGGCCACAUGAAGAGCAUCUUGAAGGGCAGCAAGGACAAGAGCCUGGCCCAGGCACCUCCAGCCAUACCAGCACCCCUACCAGCCCCACGCAAGCAAGUGCACUUCCAGGAUAAGGUGGUGCGGAUCAUCCCCUCUGUCAGUGACAGCUUGGAUGAUGUGGAGAGAGAGGCUGAUGAAACCACACUGGACACAGCACCCAUCCUCACCCCUCCAGAUACCCCCAUCGUCCUCACUCCCCUCAGCUCCACAGGCCUGUUCUGA